AUGGUCAGACUCUCGACCCAUUAUCUUCAAGGCCAAGAUAGCUUGUAUGGCAAUGAGCGUCGCAGAAGUUCCCAAAAUACAUUUCCAGUUUCCGAAGAUUCGGAAAUUGCUCCUACCGGAAAAAAUCAACUAACUCCUGCAUCGUGUGCGGAAUUCCCAGGAUCCUUUGCUCCAGACUUGAGGAGAGAUAAAAGAGAAGUGGUGAAACAUGAUUCAUUCCGUGAUCGAUUUUAUUUUUUCUUAACGGACGGCUGGAGUGAUAUGACGAUCUGGAAAAAUAUCUCCUUCCGAAAUUCUGAUACUGGACAAGUUGCGGCAUAUGUUGGCGUUACUAGUAUCUUUCUCUUGACACUAUUCACAUGUGCUCUUGCUCCGGGUUCCGAUGGCCAUCUGAAUCCGAUCAUUACUUUUGCAACGGUAAUCACUGGGCUCACCGGGUUCUCGAGAGGAGUGCUAUAUAUGAUAGGACAAACUACCGAAGCCGCACUUGCUGGUGAUCUGCCAAUUGUAUACUGGCGUUCCUCGUUGAAUCAUUCAAUGCAGGCGAGACAACGACACUAUGAUGCGAAUGAGAUCGGUAGUAUUGAUGGAGGCGAUGUCUCCUUAAGACGACAACCAUGA